AUGUUGGGACAAAGCGCCCAUCCCAGGCCCAUCUUCGCGGUGGUCGUCAAGUCGCCUUGUCUCGCGGUGAAAUAUCCAACAGGCAACGGAUAUGUAAGUAACACGCACCUCACUGUCGAGCCUUCCUCUCACGCAGUCAAGAUCCGCCGAUUCCAGCUAAAGUUCUCUUCGGACCGCGAAUUCUACACAGCUCUGGCAAUCCUAAGCGAUAUCAGGUGUCCAUUCUCGGAGUCGAAUGUUGGCUCAUCACAGCUCGCUCGAAGACCAACAUCCUCACAAUGGCAUUCACGUUCAGGACCGUCUAGCCUAGGCAUUAGAGAUCCCUUCCCCUCCAGCGCGAGCGCAGCCCUGUUCCCAGUCCUACCAUCCGCUUCUGCACUAGGAAGUGCAUCGAGUAUCAAUGCCGCUCAAGCAACGGCUCCAGACCCAAGUGGAACAGGAUCAACCAACAGCUACACCGAACUAGAAGCAAAACAACCUCAACGAACCAUACAACCACACACCGAAGAAGAGCCUAGGCCCAACGCUGCGAGUGUUCCCCCCAAGCCGUCCACCACAGCAGCCUGCCAUGAUAUCACGAUACUGAGCCAACUCCUCCCUCCAAAAAGGGAGUUACCGUUCUCAAAACCGCCAGCGAAGAGAUCGCGUACAACCCCAAAGGAACCCUCCACCUCGACCCAGUCUCAAACACUCAGCGCAGGUGAUCAAAUCCCUACAACCACGGGAAACGAUGCAGCAACAGCAGCACCACCCUCGAGUCAGGCCCCGGGGACGAAAAAGCCCACUCCAAAGAGAAAAACAGCAACAACUGGUGUACUGAAACGUUCAAUCACUUCAGUCCCACCGCUGACCCUGGCCGAGGAGCCGCCUACUCAACCCAUCCAGUCUAUAAGUUCCCUCGCGCAGCCUGCCACCAUACCCGGUACUCAGCAAGUGCACAUAUACGGGCAGAACCCCGACUUUGAAAGCAGUAAUAAUAUAGGUCACUGGCGCGAACAACAAGACCCUACCCCAGCAGACCUCUCCUCGUACCUCUCUGCGCCUACACAAGAGCGUACAGCACGCCUGGAGAACUGGAUCUGUCAGAAUCUCGAGAACGAUGGGUUUAUUAAACUUUGUCAAGAUGUAGAGGGUAUAUGGAGGCGGAUUGCGUUUGGGAGCUGA